AUGUUUUUUAUAUCUAGAUCAGUAAUUAAACAGGCUAGAUCUGUUGGACUGCUACAGAAUUUGACUUCAAAAAGUAUAACGAGUUCAACGUAUCGCCAUAUUUCAUCCACACCGAUUGCCUUUGAAUCUCAAUCUGAAACAACACAUUUUGGCUUUAAAACAGUCAAUAAAGACGACAAGGAAACUUUAGUUGGACAGGUCUUUCGUAGUGUGGCAGGAAACUAUGAUGUUAUGAACGACUUUAUGAGUGGUGGUGUUCAUAGACUAUGGAAAGAUCACUUUAUUAAUUCACUCGCUCCAAGCCCUACAACAAAACUAAUCGAUGUUGCUGGAGGAACAGGCGACAUUGCGUUUAGAUUCUUGGACAGUGUCAAGCGUAAUCAUGGAGGUGUUGGUCAAGCACAAGUCACUGUUUUGGACAUCAACCCUGCCAUGUUGCAAGUUGGGCGUGAACGUGCUCUCAAAUUGGGAUAUCCUGUCGACUCACCACACAUUUCAUUCCAAGAGGCGAACGCUGAGCAUCUAGAAACCAUUCCUGAUGCGUCUGUGGAUGCAUACACCAUCGCAUUUGGCAUUCGAAACUGUACUCAUAUUGACAAGGUCAUCAGUGAAGCCUAUCGUGUUCUUAAACCUGGCGGUCGGUUCAUGGUGCUUGAAUUUUCCAGUGUUCAAAACCCUAUUAUUCGCAGUGUAUACGAUCUGUACUCGUUUCGCAUGAUUCCAAUACUGGGAGAACUUGUUGCAAAUGACCGAGCUUCGUAUGAAUAUCUUGUAGAAUCCAUUCGAAAGUUUCCACCGCAAAUCGAGUUUGCUAAAAUGAUUCAGCAGGCUGGAUUUACUGUUGUUGGACAAGGAUGGGAGGAUCUUACAUUUGGUAUUGCUGCCAUUCAUUCUGGAUUCAAACUAUAA